AUGUCAUCGCCUUGUCCUAAUUUUACCGACGAAAUCUUCACUUCCGAGGCAAGGAGCUUCUAUGUAUGGCUGCUUCAAAUCUUCUCUCUCUUGGCCAUCGUUGCAUUUUGCAUAUGGUUAAGCCUACGUCCCAAUCAGCCUUCCUUCGCGGUGGUGGACCUCUCCGUUCCGACCUUGAACAACAUUCAGAACGGCUCGAGUUCGUUGACGUACGAGCUUGAGAUUCAGAAUUCGAACAAGGACUCUGGGGUCUACUAUGACGACAUUCUCAUGACGUUCUUUUUCGGGCAAGAUCCAGUCGCCGACGAUGUGAUAUCUUCGUUCUACCAAGGGAAGGACAAGACUCAUCACGUGAGACAAGACGCGAAGGCGAAAAAUACGCAGAUUUGGAAAGGCGUUGCUCGUGCGGUGGCGAACGCGACGGCCCAGUUGAAGGUGAGUCUAGCGACUCAGGUUCGAUAUAAAACGUGGGGUAAGAAGAGCAAACAUCAUGGGAUGAACUUAGAAGGCGUUGUACCCGUUGGUUCUGAUGGGAAAAUUUCAGGCAAGAAGAAGAAGAAGAAAAUUAAGCUACAUCAUGCUUCUGGCAAGAGGAAAGCGUUCAAGAAGCAUCACUUUAAAGUUUGA